CUGAAAGAGCCGCCGUAGCCGGAUGACAUCACCGUACCAUGUGACUAGGAGCUGAGCCACCGCGGCAGAGGGGCAGGCAGUGCUGGGGAGAGAGGAGAAGCGGACGAGCAUCUGCUGCAGGACUCAUUGCACAACUACUAGUCUUCAAAAAAUGUCAAGCGAAUUAUCCUUAAAUAUUAACAUCAAGGAACCUCGCUGGGACCAGAGCACAUUUGUUGGAAGAGCAAAGCAUUUCUUUACAGUAACCGACCCAAGAAAUAUCCUUCUGUCAAAUGAGCAGUUGGAGCAUGCCAGGCAGAUUGUUCAUGACUACAGAAGUGGAGUUGUACAGCCUGGACUCACAGAAGAUGAACUAUGGAGAGCAAAGUACGUGUAUGACUCUGCCUUCCACCCGGAUACUGGUGAAAAGAUGAUUCUUAUUGGAAGAAUGUCCGCUCAGGUACCAAUGAAUAUGACUAUCACAGGAUGCAUGAUGACCUUCUACAGGACAACACCAGCCGUGAUCUUUUGGCAGUGGAUUAACCAGUCUUUUAAUGCCAUUGUUAACUACACGAAUCGAAGUGGAGAUGCUCCCAUCACUGGAAGCCAACUGGGAACAGCUUAUGUUUCUGCCACCACAGGUGCUGUUGCCACAGCUCUAGGACUUAACGCACUAACCAAGCACGUUUCACCACUAAUAGGAAGAUUUGUCCCUUUUGCUGCCGUUGCUGCUGCUAACUGUAUCAACAUCCCAUUAAUGAGACAACGGGAAUUGAAAUAUGGUAUCCCUGUCACAGAUGAAAAUGGAAACCGCAUUGGAGAGUCUGCGAAUGCUGCUAAACAAGCCAUCACUCAGGUGGUGGUCUCUAGGAUCCUUAUGGCUGCUCCCGGCAUGGCAAUUCCUCCAUUUAUAAUGAACAGCUUGGAAAAGAAGGCUUUCCUCAAGCGUUUUCCUUGGAUGAAUGCCCCAAUACAAGUAGGAUUAGUGGGAUUCUGCUUGGUUUUUGCAACACCACUUUGCUGUGCAUUAUUUCCCCAGAAAAGCUCAAUGUCUGUGUCUGGACUGGAGCCUGAACUACAAGCACAUAUUAAAGAGAACAGUCCGGGCCUGGAGAGAGUCUACUUCAAUAAAGGAUUAUAAUCCUCACCAUGCAACCAUCCUACAACCCUCAAGGCCAUGUGUGUUCACCAAGAAUAUGUUGUUGAACUCAUAGGAGAAAGAAAGCAAGUCCUAAACCUUUUUAAAGAUGAGCACAAAUUAUUUUUAUAGGUUUAAAAAAAAAAAAAAAAAUUACUGGUUUUCUUUUUAAAUAAGUCUUAUUUGACCAUACAAUAUGUUAAUUUUACAGUAAAAGGGAGGUAUACAUCUAAUGUAGUAUGUAUGAAGAUGACUACACAUUAUCAGAAGAAGGUGAGAAUUGAAUCAAAGCAGUUAGUUUAUAUAAUUUUUUUUGUUGUUUUUUUUUUUCUUUUCUUUAUUAUGAUCUGUUUUUUUGCCAGUAACAAUGUAACCUAUGUCAAUGAGCUAUACUUAGUAUUGCAUCUCAGUCCAUUUUAUUUCAGCAAGGGUGAGCUGCAAUACUAGGCACAGAUAAAAGCCCUUUUAAGGGCACCUGUAAAGGUUAAAUCCCACCCGUUCUUUAGAUCUGGCGAGGAGAUACCAGCGUGUUCAUUGCAGGAGUCCUAUUAGUUAGAAAUGAGCUUAUGCAAGGAGCUCGCCACUGCAACUGUACUGCCCAGCGUCUUUCUGAAGGAUAAGUGAGAGUUCCACUUUUUAGGUACCCUUUAAGGAAGAAUGUGUACUUUAGCUUCCAAUGACAGCAAGAAAAGCCAGAUUCAGCCGUUACCUACUCAUUAUUUCACAUAUCCGUGCAUGUUUACAUCAGUAUAGAUUUCACGUGCAAGCCACUAACUGACCUCCUAACAAUGCAAAGCAUUUGUACAUUUGCCUUCUGAAUAUGAUUUAAUGCACAUACCUCUGUUAAUAUAUAGCCAAGUGGGGAACUUUACCCUGACUGCCAAAGGCCACUUACCUGUGACCCAUUCAUAAGCCUAAAGUGUACAGAUCUCAAAGGUUCUUAACAUAAAUAAUCUUUACCAUCGUACAACAUUGGCUCCGUGACAGAUGACUGGCGAUGCUGGUCGGAGGCUUGUGACAUCACGGUCACACCCCGCUUGCGACAUCACGGCCAUGCCCCCUCAAUGCAAGUAUAUGGGAGGGGCAUGUGACCGCCACGCCCCCUCCCAUAGACUUGCAUUGAGGGGGCGUGGCCGUGAUGUCACGAGCCUCCGGCGCUGCACCCGACGCUCUAAACGAACGCUGGGUGCAGCAGGGAGAUUGCGGGGGUCCCCAUUGGCCAUUUCACCCCCCCCCCCCCCCCCCCAUAGACAUGUCGUGACAUCAUAAGGGGGCGUAGCAUUACGCAUUACGCCACGUCUCCAGUCCCAAAAACUUCCAGUUUCCGAGCCUGGAGACGCAGCUCCACACACAAUGCGAGUGCUGCAGGGAGAUCGCUGGUGUCACAUGAGGUAUCCCUCAUCCUUUGGAUAGGGGAUAAAAUGCCUAAAGCUGGAAUACCCCUUUAAUAUCCAUCCCAUGCUUUAAGGGAACCUGUUACUAGUUUCAUGCUUCUCGAAACACAGGCCCCCAAGCCAUUGGGUGGUUGUUAGAUAGAUCUUUCGGUCUUUGCAUAUAGGAAGAGGUCUAUCAGGGCCAACAGACCAACCAAGUGACUUGAAGCCAUGUUCCUGGCCAAUAUUGCAGCUAUGUUUUCCCUAAAACAUUCAUAGUGAACCAUUUCUCAUUAUGAUAGGGAAGCCCCUCAGUGCUCCAUGCUGCCCAUGAUAUACUUAAUGGUUGGCUCCCUUUAAAUGAGAGCUUCACAUCUUAUUAUUAGGUUCCAUCUACGUGUUCAUUUUGGAGAAUAAUGAUCUAAUCCUUGACUAAAUGUAAGCAAAAGGAGCAGAACAUCACUGCUGAAUUUUUAUGGUGUGAACCUUUAGUGCCUAAAAUUCAAUACUCGAUGUGCUGCCUUUUUCUUUUUCCCUUGUGUGUGUUGCUACAUGUACAGUAUGUGCUCCAGGGCCAUCUUCCUACCAUUUUCAUGUUCGUCAAUCGUGUGCAGAUUUUUGGUAGAAAGGUUCAAGCUUCAUUGCUUAUAAAAUCUUGAAUUAUUUUGUUUUUGCAUCACUCGACUGAAAUAUUUGAAUGGAGAACACGUGAAUAGUUUUGUUUUAAGAGACAAAUUACCCUUUCCCAGCAACCAGCACUGUUUGUUGGGCGUUCUGGGCACUCCAUUCGUUAAGUAACAUUUUUAAUAUGUAGAAUUUUACAUAGAAAUUAUUCACAAAGUAAAUAGGACCAAAAACUAAUAAGAAAAGCUGCUGCAUAUGUAAGAUACUACUGUACAAUGUGUACUUGUCUUUCCUUGUUCUUUUGUUGGGUCCAAAAGUACUUUUGUUGCAAGGGCUGCACAGUAGAGCCCUGCGUGGGACUGUUUUCCCUAAUCCCUCUCCCACUGGACUUCUUACCAUUACUGCCCGCUCACGAGAGAUGUGUGUUCCACUCCCGCUGGCUCCUGCAACAUGUGUGUCCAACAUUUUGUUGCAGCUUUAAAAAGAAAAAACAAAAAAACCCUGUGCCAUUUCAUCACCCCCUUGUGCUAUUUCAUCACUUCCUUGCAGUGGCGUCGCUAGGGGGGGCCAGAGGGGGCCAUGGCCCCCCCUAGAUCAGGCUGUGCCCCCCCAAUUUAAAAUAAAUAGGGCGGUCCCGAUACUAGUAUGGGGCCAGGGGCAGACUGACCGGCUGGGUAAAUAGCUGCAGCUGCUGAGGAUAUCCCUUCGCUGCUCCUGGUCUGCGUAUCAUUAGCAGAGACAGGCAGAGCAGGGAUGACGGUACCUGAUGAUGGCUCCGCCCCCAGCACUGGAGAGGACGGGGGCCGAGAGCUGACAGGCCUCCGGAACACAGAGCAGCUUCAUGUGAGGUGAGUGGUGUCCUGUGCCCUCCCUCUCUCCCCCCUGAUCAGCAGUAUAUCCUGGGGCUGGGUGAUGUGUAUAGUAUCAGUCCAGUGGAGUCACUUUCCCUCCUUCAGUGUCCACUGGUCACAUUAUCAGAAAAAUCGCUGCAAAAUUGCGCGGUUUUACCGCGAUUUUUUUGUAAACUUUUUUUAAAUUGCCCCCCCCCCCCCCCACUUUUGUCACUGGCCCCCCCAUGUGCCCCCCCCUAAAUAUGAAUGCUGGAGAUGCCACUGCUUCCUUGUGCCAUUUCAUCACCCCCUUGUGCCAUUUCAUCACUUCCUUGUGCCAUUUCAUCACUUCCUUGUGCCAUUUCAUCACUUCCUUGUGCCAUUUCAUCACUUCCUUAUGCCAUAUUUGAUCCCCCCCCCCCCCCAAUGGAAUUUGUGAGGUUGACAGGAUUUUGUGGAAUCCGCUAUAUGUUCUGUGCCGCUCAAGGCUAAAAAAGCCUGCUUAACAUAAGUUUUAUGUUGGGUCUGUGGGAUCUCAAGCCCAUUGCAGUCCUCUACUACACAGCCAUAUAACCAGCUAGCAAGUUUAUCCAAAUCUAUCCAAACCUGGAGGAUAGGUUACACUACUGUAUUUGUAGAAUAGAGUUAAAAUAAAUAGUAAAAUUGUUUAUUUUCUUUAACGCCAUAGAAAGUCAUGUAGCAGUACAUAUUGUUAUUGAAAUGAUGCACACCAUACAUCUGCACCAUUUUAUGUAGUACAAGGAAAUACUUAUUUAUAACAGGUCAAGUAAAAUCAAAUGUACUUUAUAAAACUGUCAGUGUUUGGUUACUAGUAUGUUUAUCUUCACACAGCAUUCUAUGUGUUAUGGAUGCUUUCAAGUGCUGGUGCUUGCUAGUGACCGCAGUAGGGCCAGUUGCACUUGUCACUCUUUGACUCUUAUGCAGUUGCAAAGUUUGCCAGACACAGCAAUUUUUGGGGAACACACAGUUAACUUCCUAGCAAUAUUCCUGCAGUGUAAUAUAUUUCACAGUUGCAUCCAUACAUUUUGAAUCAUAUGAUUAUUGCAGCUGGGUCAUGUGAUCCACCACCCAGAGACCCACUAUAUUCCAUGCUUUCCUGUGUAGACAAAGAUCAGUCUCACUUGUAUGACUGACUUCCUGUGAACUACAGGAUUACGCCAUCACCUAUCAGAUCUCUCUCUCAUGGCAGUUCCUAGACCCCUCCCCACCAAGCUCUGCCCUUUUCUUUAUCUCUAUGCCCCCCAUAUGUAAUUUCUGCCCUAUUUAAGAGACCAAGAGUGCAGUGAUAUAGUUGGUGAGCCCCAACCUUGACUAGCUGCAGUGUUAUAGCCACUACCUGUCUAUACUGUCAGAUGUGUGCAGAUUCUAUUAGUGUGUCUUAUAAGAUCAAGCUCUACACUGUCCUCACCUGCUUCUUAGACCUAACGGGGAGACAGUCGAAGCUGCCUCUUGUAGGAAUACACAAUGAUUCUGUUGUGUCAGUUAGGGACAGAAGUUAUGACACUGAUCUAUCCAUGUUGCACUUAGAUAGGAGUAGCAGAGCAUAUAUAGUGGUGAGACUCUGCCCCCCGCUGUAUCUGCAAAGCCAGAAGCAUCCUAUCAGAGAGGAAAAAUAAUACACAAAAGCUUUUACAUUAUUCUCGAAUAGCCUAUCAAGAAUAUUGUAUAAGCAAAAAACAAGUUAUAAUUGGAUUUCUUUUUAACAAUAAAAGCAGUAUGCUGUACACAUUUUUAGAGUAAAGAUUAGAAUUAUGAAUUAUGCUCCAGGCAUUGUUCAUUUUUACUAUAAAACAAGAUUUUCUAUAUUGAAAAGUGACACUUUAAGAACUAACGGUAUGUUCAGACUGAGGAAUUGGAGAGGAAUUUACUCGAGUAAUUCCGCUCGCUUAUUCCACAUUUUGACAAACCCAAAACCGUAUUUCUGCUCCUCAGUUCACACUGAGAAAUUUCUGCAUGCAGAAUUUCGACGCUGAAUUCCGUUCCGCAUGAAAAAUGAACAUGUUCUUCCUUCAUGCGGAAUCCAACGCCGUUCCACACGGAAUUUUCACAGGGAAAAAAACAAAAAAAAAGGGAAAUUCUAAUUGGUGGUCGUCCAGCAAAAAAUAAAAAAAUAAACAGUUUCCUCAUGUAUUUCCGCACGGAAUUCCGCAUCAAUUCUGUGCGAAAAAAAUAAAUAAAUAAAUUCUGCAGCAGAAUUUUUAAGCGAGAACAAUUCCUCAGUGUGAACAUACCCUUAGGAUAGAGAAAAAAGAAGAAAAUUGUUACUCAACAGAUUUUAGCAACAUCUAACAAUUGUCUGACUUCCGUCUGUUUUUAGGACUUUCAAGUAUUAUACAAGGUUUAUUUUUUAAUAAAAUAUAUAACCUAACAUGCGCAGGCAAUUCUAAUGGGGAAUGCUGUAAUCUUUUCAGUUGCUUAUAUGCUCAAUAGCAGCAUAUGUUUCACUAUUGUUUCCGUUCAGGUCAUCAGAAAUGUAGUCAGGCCAGGAGAACUUGUGUCAUAAUAUGGACACAAAAAUGCAUGUGAGGUUCUUGUGUGAAAUCGGGCUUAUGAAUAUUUUUUUGGUAAGAAAUUAGAUUUCAUCAUUUGGAAUAGGAAUAGUUCUUUUGAGUGUUACUGACUUCUCCACAAUCUCACAUUCUUACCCUGAAUUUGUUGAACAUUCUGCAGUAUGAUGGCCAAAAUAUAAAGCAAAGUAUUUAUUAACCCAGUAAUAUUUUUGGUGCUUUGUAGGGAUAAACAAGAUCUUUGAGCAAAUGUAUGGUUAGAAAUAGAUCUUGUAUUUUUAUGAUUUCCUUUUAUGAGGCUGGGUUCGCAUCACAUUUUUACCAAUAUGGGACCGCAUACGGCUGGGGGGGGGGGGAGCUAAAACCUUGUGCUCCCGUAUGCUGCCCGUAUGUAAUUCAUUUCAAUGAGCCGACCGGAGUGAAAAGCUGACUCCGGCUCAUUUUUGCCCCGUAUGUGGUUUUCCGCCGCACCUUAAACGGUGGUCGACUAAGGUUUUAGGUGCGGUGGGAAAACCGCAUACGGGGCAAAAAUGAGCCUACCGGCGUGGCAUGUGGCAGGGAUACGGGAGCGCAAGGUUUUAGCCACCCCCCCAGCCAUAUGCGGUCCCAUAUUGGUAAAAACGUGAUGUGAACCCAGCCUUAGUUAAAUGCUGUGAACUAUUAGAAUGACUGGAGAACGGAAGCUAUGAUAAGGAAAUAUUAAACCUUGUUUUUGUGAUAUUGCAUAUUGUACGUUGUGCUAUAAACAGAAUAGAUUAAACAUUAGAUAGAAGUUAGUGAGUAUGGUUGGUCUUUAAAAAAAUUUAAAAAAACUUGAAUGAAUGUAUUAUUUGUUAAAGCAUUGUGUGGAAAACUUCAUGUGCCAUUUGUGUAAAGAAAACAUUUAACAGAUCUGAAGCUUUUCUUAUCUCUGAAUAGUCUUACUUUGCUAAAAUUCAACCUCUUUUGUUAUUUUUCCUGCUUGCUGACCCAGUUUAUGAUCAAUAUGAAAAUUAUAAAAUCAUUUUUAAGUUGUAGUAUCCAAUGGAUGACUAACAAUAAAUAACAUUUCCACAGUAAAUAUAAAUAAAAAACGCCAUCAACUAUAUUUUACUUGGGAAUCUAAUCUCCCUUGUUUAAGUUUAACUCAGGGUUUAAGCAGAUAAUGCAGUAAAUAUAUCCUUAGUUGAAUCAGCACCACUAGUACAGUUACUAACAGUCCAACAGUUACAUGGACUGCCUGAAUGGGUUAACAAACAUUUCCACUUUUAACAAUUACCAAGGCAUCGUGUAGUAUCCCCGCCUAAAGACAACCACACUCGCUCAACGCCAGAUCAUUACUGUUUACCCAUUUUUAAACGUGAUAAAAUGUGGUUGUAGAGGACUAUUGACUUAAAGGGUUACUCUGCUGCUCUGCGUUUGGAACAAACUGUUUCGGAUGCUGGAGCCAGCGCCAGGAGCUCG